AUGUGCUCCGGGUGGUUGAGCUCUUGCUUCCAAAGCUACACCAGGACCACCAUCGAUGAGCUGGAAGUCCGCCGGAUGCAGCUGGGGGCUUUGCUUUUAGCCUGCUUUGCAGUGCAAGUCCUCCGACUCGUCACUGGGCAGCUGCUGUCCAUUCUUGGACUAAUGACCUGCCUGGCUGGAAACAAGGCGCGCUGCACUUUGUGUGACUGGGACCUGUGGGUCUUGGUCAUCAUGGCCAGUUGCGGGGCAGCCUUGGAUCUGGCCAGUCUUGCGGUCAACUUGGACAUUUUAGCUGGUUUCAAUCUGGACUGGAGGAUGGCCCCAUGCCGAAGAGUUGCAAUGACUGGCGCCAUCGUGGCACCUUUCUUGGAGAUUUGCUGUGUUCAGGUCGCUUUGUACAGCUACCUUCCCAGGGAUAAGUACUUCUUUGUGCCAACGAAUGGUCAGAGCUAUGGGCAUGUCAAUGCCUUGCGAGCCGCUGCGGGAGCCAGGCACAGCAGUUUCACGACCCCAGAGUGUCCUGACAAAUCUGCCAUCGAAUUCUUCACGGACCGCAUUCGUUCCAUUGUGCGUGGUGAGCCGGAGGAGGAAGCUGAUCCCUCAUCUGCCACGAAUUCCUUUCGCUGCCAGCAAUGCCAGGUGACGAUUUCAAGUGGCAGUCGUCUUGGCACUGGACAGUAUGCUGAUUGUGUUUAUUGUGAGGGCUGUUGGGCAGCGUGGCAUUCCACUUCAUCCACGACUUGA